AUGGCCGCCUUUUUAGCUGGAGGAACUGAUAAUUUGUUGUUUGUUACUGAUUCCUACAAAGUCACACAUCAUAGACAAUAUCCACCAAAUACUACCAAAGUCUAUUCAUAUUUUGAAAGUAGAGGAGGCAAAUUCCCAAAUGUAUGUUUCUUUGGACUUCAAUAUAUUAUAAAAAGAUGGCUUAUUGGCCCUGUGAUUACCAAAGAUAAGAUUAAAGAAGCUAAAGAACUCUACAAACUUCAUUUUGGGGCUGACUAUUUUAAUGAACAUGGCUGGAAUUACAUUGUAGAGAAACAUGGAGGUUAUCUACCAAUAAAAAUUAAAGCUGUACCAGAAGGAAAAAUGACAGAAAUUACCCCCAUUCAUUUCACCACUGUCAAUUUAAUUUUUUCUGUUUUAUUACAGACCAUCUUUGUACAAGUCUGGUACCCAAUGACUGUAGCCACAAAUUCUAGGUACCAGAAAGAAAUUAUAGCUCAAUAUUUAAAUGAUACAGCAGAUGAUUUAUCUGGCUUGCCUUUUAAAUUACAUGAUUUUGGUUUCCGUGGUGCAUCAUCUGUUGAGAGUGCUGGUAUUGGUGGAAUGUCGCAUCUGGUAAAUUUUAAGGGUACUGACACUAUAGCUGGUAUAUUAACAGCUAAAAAUUAUUAUCAUUGUGAUAUUGCUGGUUUUUCUAUUCCUGCUGCUGAACAUAGUACAAUAACCACAUGGGGAAGAGAAGGUGAAAUAGAAGCAUUCCGUAACAUGUUAACACAAUUUCCUACUGGACUAGUAGCAGUUGUUAGUGAUAGCUAUAAUAUUUGGAAUGCCUGUGAGGAAGUUUGGGGUGGUGUAUUAAAAGAUUUAGUUGUUAGUAGAGAUGGAAAGGGUACUCUAGUCAUACGUCCAGAUUCUGGGGACCCAGCUACUGUGGUAGUCAAGACCCUGAAUAUUCUUGGAGAAAAGUUUGGAUUUAAAAAGAACAGAAAAGGAUUCAAAGUUUUACCAUCAUAUUUGAGACUAAUUCAGGGAGAUGGAAUCAGUUAUGAAUCUUUAGGAAAGAUUUUGGAACAUAUGAAGGAAAAUGAGUGGAGUGCUGAUAAUCUUGCUUUUGGAAGUGGUGGUGCCUUAUUGCAGAGAUUGGACAGAGAUACUCAGAAAUGUGCAUUCAAAUGUAGUUUUGCAGUGGUCAAUGAUGGAAACGAAGUUAAUGUUUUUAAAGAGCCUAUAACAGAUGUUGGCAAGAAAAGUAAAAAGGGCAGGUUAUCUUUAGAAUUACAGGGUACAGAAUAUGUUACUGUACAGGAGGGUAAAGGUGAUCCUAAUAAGGAUCAACUUAUAACAGUGUAUGAAAAUGGACAUUUGCUAAAAGACUUUACAUUUGAAGAAGUGAGAAAAAAUGCUGAAAUAGACUUAGAGAAACAGAAUUAG